UCCAAGUUAGCUUAUUAGCUCCAGGGUCUUCAUUAUUCAACUUAUCUGAGGAAGCUUUGCAGCUGCAGCUUGUUCAUGUUCACGCCUUCUCGCCUGAUUUUAUGAGAUGGAUGGUGAAGUGAUAGUUGUGGCAGUCGAUGCAAGUAAAAAGAUCACAGAUUAUGCUCUCGAAUGGGCAGUGCGCAAUCUUACCAAGACUUCGGACUCUGUAUUCCUACUCGCCGUUCUUCCUUCUAAAAUUCAUUCUCUUGCCGGUGCCCAAAGGACACAUAAGUCUAAGACUUUGCGGUUUUUCUCUGGCUUGCUCAAGAAGUGGAAUCGCGGCCAUAAUGAGAAGAUUUCGUCAAAUAACAUAGCCCGGGCACUCAACAAAGGAGUAGAAACCGAUCUAAACCUGAGGGUGAAAGGUGUUUGUGAGAUUAUGAUGUGGCACCUAUUUACAGUUCACAAAAUCAAGCAGGUGCACAAUACAGUUAAAGUCAUAGCAGAUGCACAGCCGGGGUCAGUUGCGACUGCAGCUGGAGAGCUUGGAGCAACCUGGGUAGUUCUAGAUUCACGGCUGAAGAAAGAGGGCGAUGACUGUUUGAAACAAUUGAUCUGUAACAUUGUACUUGUAGACCACUCUAUCCCAAGGAUCCUGAGAGCGGUUAAUCCCCAUAUUCGGAAGAAAAUUAAUACUAAGGCGGAGCAAAAUGACCCCAUGGUAGCUGACAUGCUCGGCGUAGUUACUGCAUACAAUUCCAAAGAUAAUAGCAGUCCAGCGACUUGUAGCAGUCUCGGGUUCAGAAGUCCAGAUACCAAGGCAGACACAUCGUCCUCACUAUCUACCACAGAGAAGGACCCCUUCUACUUGCUCAAUGCUACGUCUACAGAUGUGACACUGUACAGUUCACGUAUACAUCUCGAUUCUCAGUACUUCCACCAGGAGACAAAAAUCGAGGCUGCAUUCAAUCCCUCUGCAGAAAAUUUUAAUCAUCAAUUGGCGAGGAAGGUGUCAAACUCCAACAUUGACAAGACACUUCUUAGAGCAUCAGCUACUUCUUUGGAGCCAAAAAGGAAAAGCUAUAGUGGUCCGCUGAAGACUAAAGGUGAAAUGGCAAAGGGUGAUAAUUUCAAAGCAGCAAAUGUGGUUCCAGCCCCAGCGAGAAGAUCAGUAGAUUCAUCAAGCUUGUGGCCAAAAGCUGCCAGCCCACAACAGUCAAAAGAGCCGACCACAAGAAAAGACCCUUCAACUUGCCAUGGCAAUCAACCACCAGCAGUCCCUUCUUUAAGUAUUCCACAGAUAUCGAGUGUCAGGAGAGCCAUGUCUCUCUCAAUUAAACAUCCCCCAACACCUCCACCUCUCUGCUCUGUCUGUAAGCUUAAAGCUCCACAUUUUGGUAAGGCUCCAAGGAAGUUCGGUUACAGAGAGAUUGAAAGAGCUACCAAUGGAUUCGCAGCAGAAAACUUCUUGGCGGAGGGUGGAUUCGGUCCUGUCUAUAGAGGAGUGUUACCCGAUGGACAAGUCAUUGCAGUGAAACAGCACAAGUUCUUGAGUGCACAAGGUGCAUCAGAGUUCUGUUCGGAAAUUGAAGUGCUGAGUUGUGCACAGCAUAAGAACUUGGUGAUGUUAGUGGGCUAUUGCAUCAAACAGGAUGGCUCCUCAUAUAUGAGUUUGCUUGCAAUGGUUCACUAGACAAGCAUCUGUAUGGAAAAGAGUCAUCUGAGGUGCUGACCUGGCCUAAUCGGAUGAAGGUUGCAAUAGGAGCUGCGAGAGGUUUGAGAUAUCUUCAU